AACAUUGUUCGAAAAAUUUUAACCAAUUAAUUUUUUUCUUACUCCUACUUCCUCGACUCCUUUAGAUAUCUUAUAGAGGGUUAUUAAUGGCGCGUGAGUCGCGCGUUUAUUGGUCCAUUCCUUAUGCCUCAAGAAUCGAGGAGAAGGAGGACGUCGCCGUGUACACGGACGGACAAAAAAGGGGGUGUUGGCUGUUUCAGUAACGCUGUGAACAGUGACGCUAUCAGUUCCUCUCUGCCUAUUUCUGAACCAUCACAUGCCCCAAUAUAGAUUUCGUGAUUGGUGUUGAUCGAUUGUAUCGAAGAGGAUAUCUUGACAAGUAGUGGAGAUAUGUCGUCGACAUUGAGUUGGAUGUUGGUCGUGUUUGGCGUGAUCGUUUCGAUUCAAUCAGGUUCAGCUUUACGAUGUUGGGAUUGCGCUUCCAACACCAACCCUUUAUGUGGUGAUCCGAUGAACGUCACUGAUCAUCAUGGCACAUUCCAUACAAAAGUAUGCGAAUCUGGAACUUACGAGACGUCGAAACAAAUUUGCCGAAAAAUCGUGAAAAGAGAAAAUGGCGAAAGAGUGGUGAUUCGUCAAUGUUCAACACCGAACGUCGAUGAAGCAGACAUUGUGGAUGGUUCUUGCAGCGCAACCGCGACUUCAAUUCGAAAUUUAAUGGAAUGCUAUAUUUGCAGCACAGACCUCUGCAAUUCCGCAAUGGGAGUAUCGGUUACACAAUCUCUCUUCAUGGUCACGUUGACUAUUAUCGGCUACCGUUACCUACAAUCGAAAUACAUCGCCCUUUAAUGAAAAACUUUAACCUAUACACAUUUUCCACUUUGAAAAAUAACCGCGGAGUAAGUGUGCCAUUUUAAACGAUCUUAAAUUAUUACUAUCUUAAAUUAUAUGAAUUGAAACAUAAUAAUGAAAUGUUCGAUUAUGGUAGUUUUGGUUAAUAAUUAAUUAUCAAUUUUAGAAGUCGUUUCGAAAUGAUUUUAAAUUAUACGAAUUGAAACGAAGGUUCGAUUAUGUAGUGUUCAUUAAUAACAAAAUUAUUGGUAUAUUGGUAAUAAUUAUUGGUAAUAACAAAACUAUUAAUUACUAAUCCUAGAGAGCGCAAUUUUAAAUAAUUUUAAAUUCAAAAAUAGUAAGAAAAAUUCCAGUAUCGUAAUCUUGAUUAAUAAUCAAAUUAUAUAUAAUUGGAAAUUAAUUAAAUUUUUAUUCGAUAUUGGAGAGAGCGCCUUUUUAAAAGAUCUUAAAUCUAACAAUGUGUUAAUGCUUCGUAAAUAAAUUUUAUCACAUGUAAUUUACUUCUUAUCGCGAUUAUAACCAUUUUUUUGGCCAAAUUAUCGAUUAAAUCGCUAUUCUAGACAUGUGUAUCUAUUUGAAAAUCUUAUUAAGAUGAUAAAACGGUGUAUUAAAAUGAUUUUAAGCGCGCACAAGUUUGUUAACUAUUUUAUAGUUAGGCAUAGUUCGUUAGUCACGUAUUAAGUAGAACAAGUUGACAUAUAAUGGAGUAGUUGCAUCACCGUGCUGAAAGCUUUAUUUAAUCUAAUCGUCUAUUUAACGAUAACACGAUUUCCGUAAAAAAAAAGUAAAAAUAAAAAAAAAUUUAUAUUAAAUGAAACGAUGAUAUUUUUGUACAAUGUGUAUAUAGAUUUAACACGUGUGACGUGAUUGUAUAAUAAAGGAUUGUUAACUCGA